AUGGAUGAGAGCCUCCUCAUAGUCCAUGUACAAGAAGAGGAAGAAACUCCUCCCCUGCUCAAAUCCCAAGGACAUGAUACUGAUUUAGAUAAAACUCUUGAAAAGUUAGAAUUAUUUCUCACUUUGUUGGGUUUGAAUCAGUCUUCAGUUUUAAGGUUUGUGCUAUCAUGGAUUUUAUUUUUGGUAUUAGGGAUUCUACUUCCUAUGAUUAUGCUGGAGGUCUCUAAUCCUCAAAUUAAAAGUUUUAAGUUUGAUAUUUUAGUUUCUCAAGCUCUUGUUGCCGCUGUAUCUUUGCUUUGCCUUUCACAUAACCUUCGAAAGUACGGAAUACGCAAGUUCCUCUUUGUCAGCGGACAUAUCGAGCGAUUCAGUAAUCAAUAUCAUCACAAGAUCCAUGAUUCUGUUCGCUUGCUAUUAUUGUGGGUGCUCCCAUGUUUCCUUUUGAAGACUGCACGUGAAAUAAUUCGCAUUGUAUAUGUGCAAAACGACUCAUGGUGGAAAUCCGCUGCCAUUUCAUUAGCUUUUGUUUCAUCAUGGACUUAUAUCACUGCAAUUUUCUUGUCAGCUUGUGUUUUGUUCCACCUGGUCUGCAGCUUACAGAUUAUACACUUUGAUGACUAUGUAAAGUUCUUGGAAAGAGAGCCUGAUUGUUUUGUUUUGAUACAAGAGCACGUUCGCCUACGUUAUUACCUCUCCAAAAUUAGCCAUAGAUUUCGAAUCUAUCUCUUGCUGUUGUUCUUAAUUGUCUUUGUGAGCCAUUUUAUGACUCUCUUCCAGAUAACUGGUUAUACUGGGCUGAUUACUUACAUAAAUGAUGGUGAUUUUGCAGUCUACUCGAUUGUUCAGGUUGUUGGGGUGAUCCUUUGCUUGAAUGCUGCAGCAAAAAUAUCCCACAGAGCCCAAGGUGUUGGAUCAAUAGCGAGUAGGUGGCAUGCUUUGGCUACAUGCACUUCUGGUGAAGCGUCACAAAUGAGAAACUCAACUAGCAUGAGUUGCCUGGAAGCUGCCAAUCGAUCUAACUCAUUCUAUAUGAACUUCUCAGAAAGUGAUUUGGAGUCUGUAGAUUUUGUAACAGAACCAACAAAUACACAAUUGGCUUCUUACAUGUCCUCCUAUCACAACAGACAAGCCCUAGCAUUGAUGUAUUUGCAGAACAAUCCUGGAGGAAUAACCAUAUUUGGAUGGACAGUUGAUAGAGGUUUGAUCAAUACAAUCUUCUUCAUAGAAUUGACAGUGGUAACGUUCAUUCUUGGGAAGACCAUAGCUUUUACAGGUCAGUAGGCUCUCGUAGUGAUGUACCAUUGAAUGGAAAGGCCGUACGUCUCAACUGAAUCAUUGAAAUCAUUCAUGAAAUGUGUGUUCCAUUGCUAAAAGCUUGACAGUCAUUUCCACUGCAAACAUAGCCGGUUCUAGGUGUUAUGUUGGCCGUUUCAUCCUUAUUGCUCUCUGAGAUUGUCCCCUUUUGUUGGGUUUCAAGAAAGGUGAGGUUGACAAGUAUGAAAAGGAGGCUUUUCUGCAUUAAGGAUGGAUGUAACUUGGCUGGCUGGCUGGCUGGCUGGCUCAAGUUAGAAAAUUAUCAGUAUAUAAACUGUCCUCUUGUCUGGCAUUACA